CUGGAGGUCGAUUACAUUACUUGAUUUUCGCUCAAAAUUCAUUGCGUAGCUAGAGUGCUUUCCAAAAGACUGAAGGAAAAAAAAUUAAAGGCUACCAUUAAAAAAAACAUUCUAUGUGACGCCAUUGCUGUGCGACGGAUUUAUAGUUGACAUAAGAGCGAAAAAUCUUCAGUGAUAUGGCUCGUAGUAUCUCUCGUUUCCGUACAGACUUUUAAAAAUCGAAAUAAAUUCUUCUUGUCAAUUUCACGUACCUCGUCGACUGUAAUCGAACGUUUCCCUUAAGUAUUUGCGUUUUUCUCUGAACCGGAAGACCUAAAAGAAAUCAAAGUUCGCAAGGAGGUGACAUCUGCCUGCUCCACACCUGACUUCAUUGAAUGAGGUUUAACACCAAUUAGCAUUUGUUUUGGUUCAAAACCAUACAAUACUAAACGCGCCCACCUUUCAGUCAGAAGCAGCUGGACACAUACAAAUCUGCGGCUUAACGAUAACUAGCAAGCUGCAUUUAUAUAGAAAGUAAUGUGGCUUGCUCUGACCUCUGAGGCAGUUUUCACAACACUGGUAGAGUUCCUGGCUGACCUUGCUGUGACAGCAAGCAGGUGACGACCUGGCGCAGGUUGUGGGUUGUCCGUGGAUAAUGCGAGACAGUGGCGGUAGCCUGGCCCAGAACUGCUGGCAGGGAGACCUGGGUCUGACUGCUGUGGGGCAGGACGACACAGGAGGAGGUGGGAUUCCUGGAGACCACCUCAUAGUCCCAGUGUCAGGCAACAGUGUACCCAGUCCCAUGCACCUCAGACUGGGACAGAAAGAGAAAGUGUGGACACGGGAGUAUUUAGAUGAGGAGGAGGAGGAUGGGAUGGGUGGGAUUGAGGCAAUAGGUGACGAGGAAGAAACAAACAAUCUGGAUGGGGAAGAGAAGGGUGAAUGUAAGGGCAAGGAUUGGGAUAAAAAUGAGGAGGACGAAGUGGAAGAGGAGGAUGAGGUGGAAGACGAAGGAGACCAAGCAGAGGUGGAGUGGGAGAUCCCAGACUUCCCCUUCCAGUCUACCCAGCACCCUCAUUCACAUCAUCAACAACAUUAUGGACCACAACAGAAGGCAGAAGAAGGUGAUGAUGUUACUGUAGAGGGCAAUCUCACCCAGGCCGAAGCAAGGGACUUGUUCAGGUCCCACCUCAGCAGGUACAGGGUUCUGAGGAGGCUCAGGCGCUGGCAGCGUUUGCGAUCCCAAGGAGGCCUUGGUUUUCGGCUCACUCAGCACUGGAAGAGCUGGCGCCAGCGGGCCCAGUGGGUAUGCUUUCUAGGGCAACGGUGGAGUCGGAGAGGGCAAAGGUAUAACCUGUACGGCAAGCAGAGGAGGAUAAAAAGAUACCAGCAAUCACCAUACACUGAUGGAGAGGAUGACAGCAACGAUGAGAGGUUCACAGAGUCUGACAGAGAUAAGCAGAUAAAUGGCUGCUCUCCAGACAAGCAAGAGGACAGAGGGAGACGGGAAGUGGAUGUCAAACCAGUGGAGCUGGCCCUUACUGAAGAACACAUGAGUUGUGCGACUGGUAUUCUUGAAGAGUCUCUACAACAGUAUGGCAGUUUGAUCCCCAUCCACGUGGAUGACAUCGUGGAGAAGCUUCAGGAUAUCUUCAGUGAGAGCUUCUCACAGCCACACAGGAAAGCAGUGGUCCAGCACCUAAUACAAUCCUUCCAGCGUUCGUCAGGAUCAGCCCUGGCUAAAACAUUCAGAGUCAACUACAAACGCCAUGUUCUGACUAUGGAUGACCUGGGCACUCUAUAUGGACAGAACUGGCUCAACGACCAGGUUAUGAACAUGUAUGGUGACCUGGUCAUGGACUCUGUGCCAGAGAGGGUUCACUUUUUCAACAGCUUCUUUUAUGAUAAGCUAAGGACAAAAGGCUAUGAAGGAGUCAAACGGUGGACAAAAAAUGUUGACAUCUUUCAGAAGGAUCUGUUGUUGAUCCCCAUCCACCUAGAGGUUCAUUGGUCGCUGGUCAGUGUCGACAUUCCUCGUCGAGCCAUCACUUACUUUGACUCUCAGCGGACCCUCAACAGACGCUGCCCAAAGCACAUUUUUAAAUAUCUGCAAGCAGAGGCCAUCAAAAAAGGCCGACAAGACUUUUUGCCGGGAUGGAAAGGCUUUUUUAAAAUGAAUGUGGGUCGUCAGAACAAUGACAGCGACUGUGGGGCUUUUGUGCUACAGUACUGCAAGUGUCUGGCACUAGGGCAGCCAUUCAGCUUCGGCCAGCAGGACAUGCCCCGGCUGAGGAGGCAAAUGUACAAAGAACUAUGUCACUGCAAACUCAUCCUGUGACCAACUACCCCAACCUAAGCCCACCAUCUCCACCUGCUGCCACGCCUAACCCCAACAAGAUGGAGGGACAAUGAUAUAACAAAGAGGACAAGGGGAGCAAAUGAUUGACUGGAAAAACAGAAGGAACUUUUCAAAAACUUUAUUUUUCUCUGCCAAUAUCCAGAGAAAUUACUUCUACUGUAGGUGUUGUCAUUGUUUCACUUUGUUUUGUCUCUUUGCUUCCCUCUCUCCACCCUUUGAAAACUCUGAUUUAAUGUCCAUGUUCUCAUUAUUCCUUUGUGACUGACAGAGGGCAAGACUAGCUUCUGUUUUGGAAAUGUGCUAAUCUUCCAUCUUUAUUGUGGUGCAUUUGUUUUCCAUUCUGAAUGGGAGCAUGAAAAAGAUCAUGGAGAUAUCUAAAGAAUCCAGUCCAGAUAGAGGGCUGGACCACAGUUAGUCCAACGUGACUACCAUUUUAACAUAGGAUGCCUGAAUAGUGAGUGCAGACGUGCCAUGAGUUCAAAACAAUUUGAACCACUCUGUGUAUGCUUGUGGUUAAAUAUUACAAAUUGAUUUUCAUGCCUUCCUUCCAUCCAGUCCAUGCAUUAAGUUGUGUUCCAUUCCAAAGGUCAAAAGUGUUAAAGUCUUAGCUGAAGUCUUUGAAAAUCAAGGUAAAACAUCCACACCCAACGUAAAAUACACUCCCCCUUGCUAUAGUCAAUGUUAUGUUGAUGAUGCUCUCUAUCUAGUCAGCACAUGUUUACCACUGUAGUACAAGGUGACAUCUCCGAUGUAUAUUAUUUGUUUGAUAAUUUCCAACAAGAUGUUUAGAUGAAUUUAAACUGAUGCUGAAAAUGGAACUGAGACUGCAUAGUUGAUGCCAUGCUGACAUCAGAAAACACAGCAUGUGAAGAGAUAUUCUAGUGCAUUUUUCUGAGGGAAAUCAUAAAUUACACAGCAUACAUGGAACACACCACAUAUUGACCCCUGUGCAAGAAACUUCCUCUGCCUACAUCACUAUUCAGUCAUACAAAUAAAACAUCUUCACAUCA